UUUUUUUGGUUUCAUGUUUAUUUACGAGAUCUCUCUUUCAGAUCGCUAAAUCAUUCAUUCACUUUACGAUCUCAUUCAUCACUUUCGAUUCUACAAUUCCAAUGAUCAUACCUUCUUCUUCUUCCUCAAAUUGCUCGUUUCUUCUAUCACAAACAAUUUGAUGCGAUUCUUUUGUUUUGAUUUACUUCAUUCAAUCCGUUUUCCUCAUGGAUUCCUCAACCAAGAUGAAAGUUGUAGAGGAGAAGGAGGACGACGAUCAAACAGAGGAGUUUGAACACUUUGAUGAUUUUACUCUCGCGUCCUCAUGGGAAAGGUUCAUAUCUGAAAUAGAAGCUGUUUGUCGUCAGUGGUUAGCUGAUGGUCCAAAGAAUUUGUUGCAUAAAGGAGCUGUUUCUUUCAACUCUUCCAAGAGUUUAUAUGCUGUUAAGUCUGAGUUGAAGUAUGCUGCGAAAAGCUAUAGCCUGGAAUACUACUUUGAACCUCAUAAUAAUGGAAAUUCUGAAGACUGGAGUUGCCAUAUGCAUGAUCAGCAGCUGUCUUUUGGAGUGAAAGAUUUCUUGGUUGUAACACCUCAAAGUGCAAGUGGUGUUGUUCUUGAUGCACCAGAGGCUAGCAAACUUCUGAGUGCAGUUGCUAUCGCUUUGUCAAAUUGCUCGAGUCUGUGGCCUGCAUUUGUUCCAGUGCAUGACCCUUCUCGGAAAGCUUACAUUGGCAUCCAGAAUAUGGGUACAGUUUUUACAAGAAGAUUUGAGGGAGAUCAUAUUAGUAGUCAGGUUCCCUUGAAAUUGAUGCAUUUGGAGGGACUCUACGAGUUAUUUGUUUCUAAAUUUGCCUAUUCUACAUUGGACCUAUCAAUGCAUCUUUUCAAGGUUCAUUUUACAAUGAAGUCAACAUACAGAACUUUUCCAUAUGGGGAUGACGAUGAAAUACCAGAGACAGACCUUGAUAUUACAAAUACUCAAAACGGAGCUGGAACUCGUGGUAGAACACAAUGGGAUGAUGAUUGUCCAUGGAGUGAAUGGUAUACAACUGAGGAUCCUAUAACAGGAAUCAAUUUGAUUGCGAUAUGGUCGGAGAGAACAGUUGAUAGUUCGCUGGAAAUGGCUGAAAUGGAAAAUGCCUCACCUCAUGAUGCUGGGAUGUGGUUUAUAUUCCCUGAUUUUUCAGAAAGCUUCACUGAUGGUUCUGUGGGAAACUUGAUUGGAUUUGCUUCACAAUUACGGCUUUUGGUGAAUGCACUAGAUAUGUCCUUUGAGGCUCAAUUCAUGGAAGAUUUUGUAUCAGCUGAAAACUCAGGGUCUGAUAAUUUGAAGUCCUCGGCAAUUAUUCCACCACCAACUGUUCUUGAUCGCGUACUCAAAGAUAUAUUUCAUGGGGUUGUAGCCCCGUCCACUGAUUCUACUGCUAAUGAGCAUAAGCAUUCUCGAACCAUUAAAGGCGCACCACUUCAAUCACUAUUUGCACAGUUCUGUCUGCAUGCUCUUUGGUUUGGAAGCUGCAAUAUCCGAGCUAUUGCAGUACUAUGGAUAGAAUUUGUUCGAGAAGUUCGCUGGUGUUGGGAAGAAAUUCAACAACUACCGCGGAUGCCAACAAAUGGUGUAAUUGACCUAUCAACAUGUUUAAUAAACCAGAAACUUCACAUGCUUGCUGUAUGCAUACAUAUGAAGCGUCAAUUGCAUCAAGAUGGAGAACGACAUGAUUAUUUCUCCGCUGAAGAGGAGGAAUUCAACAUGAUGAAUGAAGUGAGUGAGACCGUUACUAAUGAAGAAGAAAGCUUGAAUUCAUGCUCAGGAGAUUCUAAAGCUUCUCUGUUUAGCUCGAAGCACGAAGCUGAGGACACCGUGAAUUCUAAUAUUUCAAGUUUCUCAUCGCAUAGUAGGAGAGGAUCAGCUGAUGUUUCAGAUAUGAUGCUUCUGAACUCCAAUAAGAGGAUGCAUGUUCCACUUACUCAAGAUCCACCUCUUAUGACAGAAGACAUGCAUGAAGAAAGAAUACAAGCUGUUGAAGCUUUGGGUGAUUCAUUUAGUUUUUCUGCGCAGUUGGAGAAAGACAUACUAUCUUCAGAUAUGUCAGCUUUCAAAGCUGCAAACCCAGAUGCUGUUUUUGAAGAUUUUAUCAGAUGGCACUCACCAAAAGAUUGGGAAAGUGAGGAAAAUGAUAAUUUGGGUAAAUCUUUACAAGACGUAAAAACUAGAUGGCCUCCACGUGGAAGACUGUCAGAAAGAAUGUCAGAUCAUGGAAAUUCAUGGCGCAAAAUUUGGAAUGAGGCGUAUCCUUUUCCAGCUUCUGAGCAGAAGCCACUCAUGGAUCCUAGCCGAGAAGCUGAAAAGAUUCUUCACUAUUUUGAAACACUACCGCCUCAUCAGCUGCUAGAACAAAUGGUUUGUACUGCUUUCAGAGCAUCAGCUGAUACUUUAAACUUGUCAAGUUUUGGUAAUUUGAAGCAAAUGACCACCAAAAUUGGCCAACUUUACCCCACAAUGGCUUCAACAUUGAGGCCUUUGCAAGCAAAUCGCCUUUCUGGCAAGAGUGAAACCAUUGAAGACAUUAGAAGGCUUUGUUCUGUUUUCGAACAUAUUGAGAAAUUAUUAACCGUCGCAGCAUCUAUUCAUCGGAAGUUCUUGCAAGCACCUCGACUGGAAGAAGCAAUUUUCACCGAUUACUUCAACUUUUACCUUCCAAACCUGGGGACAGGAUUGGUUGAAGAUAAUCUUGAUCAGGAACUGAUAAAGAAACAGCAGCGGGUGAGAAUGCAGGAAAGAGGGGUGAUUUCGAACAUGUUCACACAGCCAACAGCAAAUCAGUCGUGGAGGAAGGUUUUAAGUAUGGGCAAUCUUCUCAAUGGUCACGAGCCCGUACAAAGAGAGAUUGUGUUCGCAUUACGGGACAAGGUGAGUGGCAGUUAUUACGCAGCCCGGAGCCCUAAUGAACUGCAAGAAGAGGAAAUAGAAACAUACAGAAUGUAUAUAUCGGGGACAUCCAAUGAUCUCCAUGUGGCACUCUCUGUUGCAUCUUGCGAUUGAAUAUGACUACUAAUUAUUGAAGAGCAAUGGUUAUUCUUUUUUCCUUAUUCUCAAUUGUACUUGAAGGUUGUUAGAUUGAAUGUUUGAAUGUUUUGAAAGUGUCUUAUUUAUGGUUUUGGUUCGAUUUCAUGUGCUACUAAUUUGAUGUAUUAAUUUAUGCGCUAUUUAUGAGAAUCGGUUUGCAUUCAUUUAUUUACAUAGUCUUGAAAUGCUUA